GCUCGAAUCAUCCAUUCGAGUCAGAGACUCAGAGCUUGUUCAAUAUCUCCGACUUAUCUUCAUGCAAUAGAACUCUAGAAAAUUUUCUUUGAAUUCUUUUGGGUUCUUGCACUCGUACAUGGCGAUUAAACUGCCGCAACAGAGCUUCGUAUAUUCAAGCUCUCCAUGUCCAUGCUUUACACAAAAAACAAUUAGAAUUCAUUUUUUCUGCAAAGGAGGAUCUGAAGUAAGAAGUCUACCAUGCGACUUUCGCAAUCCAAGGAAGAGAUGUUGCACGAGACAUGUCCUAUCUGAGUAUGAUAAACACAGUAAUAGUUGGAGAUUGGUGGGCUUUAGAGCUCGCAAUUCAUUCUCCUAUGAAGUAAGUAGGAUUGGGCACCGUGCGUUAUUUGCAUCUGCUGAUGAUGGUGUAACAGUCAAUGGAACACCCCAAAAAAGUUCCAGUAGUGAUGUGGAGGAAAUGAGGAUCAAACUCCAUCAAUCUUUGGAAGGUGAAGAUUACAACGAUGGACUGAUUCAGUCCUUACAUGAUGCAUCCAGGGUGUUUGAGUUGGCUAUCAGAGAACAGAGCUCAUUAUCGAAGAUCUUUUGGUUUUCUACUAAUUGGUUUGGUGUAGAUAGGAAUGCAUGGGUGAAAGCACUAUCUUAUCAGGUUUUACCUUGCUAUACCCUUUGCCAGUUUAUCUAUUACAUGGAUGCUACUAAUAUGCUUAUUACUUUUUGGCUUUUUGUGAAUGCAUCCUGCAUUUAAAAUAGCAUAAUGUUG